UAUUUUUACGCCAAUCACAUGACUGAUAUUGCAGUACUGGAGCACCAAUCUGAAAUAUGAAGUUUUUAUUGUUAGUUCUGAUCUCUAGUGCUAUGGCUGCAAAAGAGUUUCAUACACUGGAUGUACUAUACUCCAGAGUCCCAGCAGAUGCACAGCAGAGGACAGUUACUGCCCUUAUACAGAGAGUUGUUGGUGCCAGAGCCAGUCAGUUUAAAGCAAUAGUCAAUCCAGCAUUAGGACCAAAUAGAAUUGAUACUUUUCAUCUUGUCAGUGAGAAUGGUACUGUAACUAUAGGAGGCAGUACAGGGGUAGCUGUAGCCAUGGGGCUUUACUACUACCUAACCAACUUCUGCAACUGUCAAAUAACAUGGGCUGGACAACAGUUAGACAUUCCUAAAGAACUUCCAAAGUUACCUAAAUCUGGUGUUACAGUUUCUGCUAAUGAUAGAUUUCGAUACUACCAGAAUGUAUGUACAGUGAGUUACUCCUUUGUUUGGUAUAAGUGGGAAGACUGGGAGAAACAACUUGAUUGGAUGGCAUUACAUGGACUUAAUCUACCAUUAGCAUUUACUGGACAAGAAGCAAUAUUUCAAAGGGUGUAUAUGAAAAUGGGAAUGACUAUGAAAGAUAUGCAGACACAUUUUGGUGGACCUGCUUUUCAGGCUUGGUCUAGAAUGGGUAACAUGAGAGGAUGGGGAGGACCUGUCACACAAACAUGGCUAAAUGAUCAGCUGAUAUUACAACAUAAGAUACUAGACAGGAUGAGAGCUUUAGGAAUGAUUCCUGUUUUACCUGGCUUUGCUGGACAUGUACCUGAAGCUUUAUCAAGAAUACACCCUAAAGCCAAUAUAUCACAGUUAGGAGAUUGGGCUGGGUUUAGUAAGAAAUUUUGUUGUACAUAUCUCUUAGACUUUGGAGAUCCAUUGUUCAAAGAAAUUGGUGUUAGUUUUAUAAAAGAGAUGGAAUACGAAUUUGGAGUAGAUCACAUAUAUAACGUUGAUUCGUUUAAUGAAAUGAAACCAAAAUCAGGUUCUGCUGAAUACCUACAAGAAGUUGGAAGUAUAAUAUUUGAUGUAUUACAGACAGGUGAUCCUGAUGCCAUCUGGUUAAUGCAAGGAUGGUUAUUUCAAGAUAAACAGUUCUGGCAACAAGCACAGAUCAAAGCAAUGUUAACAUCUGUUCCAGAGGGUAAAAUGAUUGUUUUGGAUCUUUUCUCUGAAGUGUCCCCUAUAUACACUUACACAGAAUCUUACUAUGGACAGCCAUAUAUUUGGUGCAUGCUACAUGAUUUUGGAGGAACUAUGGAGUUAUAUGGAGCCCUAGACAGUAUUAAUACAGGACCAUUUGAAGGUAGAAAUAUGACUAACAGUACCAUGGUUGGUUUAGGACUCACACCAGAGGGAAUUUACCAGAAUGAAGUUAUUUAUGAAUUCUUCAUGGAAAAUGUAUGGAGAAAACAACCAAGAGAUAUAACAAAAUGGAUUUCAGACUUUACAAGGAAGAGAUAUGGAAAAUAUAACAAGUUUGUAGACUUGGCCUGGCAGUAUCUUAAGAAGAGUGUAUAUAAUAGCACAGCUGGUCAUGAGGACUUUAGUACUGAUGUUAUUGUCACAAGACGACCUAGAUAUCGAAACCGAUUACGUCCACAAGUGUGGUUUGAUCCAGAAGAUUUAUAUGCAGCCUGGGAUCUACUGAUAUUGUCUGCUGAUCAAUAUAAAAAUAACACACUCUAUCAGUAUGAUUUAGUAGAUGUGACCAGAAACAGUUUACAAAUUAUUUCAAUAGAAUAUUAUAAUAAGAUGAUAGCUUCUGUUAUGAUCAAUAAAACAGAAGAUUUUCUAAUAAACAGUCGAUUAUUACUAGAAUUAUUGAAUGACAUGGAAACAUUACUGGCCAGUGAUUCUCAUUUCUUACUUGGGAAAUGGAUAGCUGCAGCUAAAUCAUGGGCAACAGACAUAUCAGAAUCUUUUAAUUUGGAAUUUAAUGCAAGAAACCAGAUAACUUUAUGGGGUCCCAGAGGAGAAAUUUUAGAUUAUGCUUGUAAGCAGUGGUCAGGAUUAUUGAAAGGAUAUUACAUUCCAAGAUGGCAGCUAUUUGUAGAGAUGUUGCAUAUUAGUGUGAUUGAUCAUACAAAAUUUAAUGAAACACUGUUUGCCCAGAUUGUUUAUGAGAAAGUAGAACUGCCAUUUUCUAACCAGCUUGAUGACUACCCAACAGAACCUAUAGGAGAUGCAUAUGCCAUUGCAACAUCGAUACAUAAAAAGUAUAGAAAUAUGAUAGAUAAAGAAUUUUUCCAAGUUUAUGCAGCACAGAGUAGAAAAGUGAAAGACAAUCGUAACAUGAUUGAAAAGAAGUAUGGACUUAACCCUCCAGUUUAUGAUAUACUUGUGAAGACUUAAUUAGUUAUUUAGUAAUGGUAGUAGAAAUCUUAUAUUGUAAAUUGAUACAUGCUAAAGAUUGAUUUUACGAUACUUUUAUACAUAAAUAUAAACAUUGAUUGUGUUACAUAUGUUUAAAGGUUCACAUUGAUUCAUUUUUGCUUAUUACUUGAAAUAUAAAAUUGGCAAUUAUAAGAUCAAAUUGUACAUUUGCCCAUAUACUUCAAUUUCUUAUUGAUUUUGCCCAGUUUAAUCUAGUCAUUCUGUAUGAGGACAGAAUUUCAGUUCACACCAACCACUUCAUUAUAGAUAUAUUAUUGAUACAUUGUGUAAUUGUACUUAUUGUUUACAUAAUUAAAGUGAUACAUUCCACUAUGGCAAGCCAUAUUAAUAUUUAUUCUAACUUCAAGAUAUCUCAUAUAAUAUAUAAGAUAUCGUAUACAGAAAAUUAUAUGAGAUAUCUUAUAAUUUAUAUGAGAGUUCUUAUAAAUUAUAUGAGAGUUCUUACAAAAUAUAUAUAAGACAUCUUAUAAUCUAUAUAAGAUAUUGUAUAAACUAUAUGAGAUAUCUUAUAAAGUUUAUAAGAUAUCUUGAAGUUAGAAUAAAUAGUAACACUAUAUAGGUAGUACUGAUAUUUUUAUACAAUAAUCAACUUUAAAUGU